GGCUGCGGGGAUGGGUGUUACAGUGGGGCCAGGGCACUAUAGCUCUGCACUGCUGGCAUCGAGGGCAGGGACAUCCAUGCUGGGGACAGGGGGUGCCAGGGACACUGGCACUGGGGACAUUGGCAAUGGGGACAUAGGUAAGUACUGGACACACAGGUACUGGGGACAUCGGCAAUGGGGACUUGUACUAGUGAUCCUGGUACUGGGGACACUGGCACUGGUGACGCUGGCAUUAGGGACAGAGGUAGGUACUGGGGCCAUUGGCACUGAGGACACCGGUACUGGGGAGAGUGGCACUGGGAAAAUCGGCACUGGGGACAUCGGCACUGAGGACAGCAGUCCUUGGGACGCUGGCACGCGGCAACUGGCGACACGGGGACGGGACACACGGGCACCAGGAACACUGGCACGGAGGACGCCAGCAUAGGGUGCACCGGGGACGCCGGCACACGGGGGCCGGGCACAGCGGUACCGCGGACACCGCACACGCCUCGGGGCCCUCCCGCUCCCCCCGCUCCCCCCGUACCGGCGCUCCCCGGGGCUGGCGGCUGCUGCGCGGCGGCGCCAUGGCGGGACCGGCGGCGGAACCACGUGGGGGGCGGAAGGGGCCGGGCCGGGGCCGGGCCCGCCCCGGGGCCAUGCGGGCGGGGGCACCGGCACCGGGACCGGCCCCGGGCGGCUGCUCCGCUCCUGCCGCCGCCGCCCCCCUGCCGCGGGUUCCCCGGGGCCGCCGGCGUGCCCGGGCCUCUUUCGUGGACGAGUCGCUGUUCGGGCGCCCCGCGGGGGCCCGCCCGCCGCCGCCCGCCUUCGCGCCGCCCUGGGCGCCUCCCCCGGCUCCCGCGGCCGGCGGCUCCCGGCCGAGGAGUCAGUGCAGGUCCCGAAGCCACGUUCCGUCCUUCUGCGACGAGUCCCUGUUCGGUGCCAAGCCCCAGGGUGCCGCCUGGGCAGCUCCGUGCAUGAGGAAACAAGACAUAGCCAAGCUCCAUACGCUGCUUUGGAGUCCCCCGCCCGCCCCUCGAAACCAGCCCGGCCUUCCCCCCGACUCCAGGGGGACACCCCUGAGAGCCGUGCACCCGCCAGCCACUGCCCCUCCGGCCACAGCGGGCUCAGAGCCCGGCCACAGGGGCAAAUCCGGGGGCUGGAAGUGUCCCGAGAGCAGUGCUUGCUCCGAAGGCUGGGGGGCUCCUGGCAGAGGACGUUCCCAGUCUGUCAGCCGGCUCAGCGCCCCCUUGGAAAGGCUCCACCUGGCUUCAGACAACCUUGGGACAGAAAGGUGGAAAAACCAGAGUGCUCCCAUAAGCCCUGCCUCCUCCGGAGGCCCUCUGAUGAGGGGCAGAUCUAAAAGCCUGUCCGGACCUCCUGUGGCCAGGAAUGCCAAGGCAGCAGGUGGCUGCAAGCCUAGACCACCCUGGAAGUGAUGCCAAGUGUCUCUCUGGAUGUACAUAACAGGCUUAGACUACCUGAGACCUCCCAGCGACCAAGUGAGUGAGGACCCUGCGCUUUUCCGUGGCUGGAAACAAAGGAUGGGGCUGUUCCAUGCUGGAGGACAAGCCAGGAGCCAGAGGUGACCACAGCACUGGGGGCAGUGACCUCCCUGUGCAGGGCACAACCCCACAGUACCCAAGUGGCAUGGCCUUGGUGGGAACAGCCACUUCCAUCGAUGUCCAGUUGUCAUCAGAUGAGGUGUGGUAACGAGUCGGAUUCCUGCUGUCUGCAAAAUCCAUCUGGGAAGUCGGAGCAGCAGGAGACAGGAGUGCCCACAGGGUAGUCCAAGGCCCGUCCAGGAGAAAGACCAGGCACAGGUACAGUGACAGCACAGAGCAGAGGGGACAGGCAGGACUCAGCUCAUCAAGCUCCCAAAAGAGGAAGCAGGGGAUGCCACUGGGGUGGGGGUCCCAGGUGAGGGCAGCCAGGGCAGCUGAGGGUCCCAAAGGGGACCUUUGCUGACCAGUUCUGGGGAUAGGAGUCCUGCUCUGUUCUGCCUGUCACGUGCAAUCACAGGAUCACUUGUGCCUGUGGGAAUGCAGGUGAUCCCUAUUCCAACCUCCUGCUCAUGACAGGUGAGCUUUGGCUUUAUCCAGUCAGGUGCUGGAGACCCCCAAGGAUAGAGGCUGCACAGCCUCUCCAGCCCUUCUCCCACUGCUCCACUGUCCUCGAGGCAGAAACCUUCCCUUUGUAUCCAGUCAGAGCCUUUGCUGUUUCAAUUUGUGUCUGUUCUCAUUCUGAGCACAAAGCUUGGCCCAACCUUUAUGGUCGCCUCCUCUUUGCAGGUACUGGGUGGCUGCUCUUAGGGCCCCACAAAAACAUUCCCUUCUCCAGAGAAGGAGCCCCAUUCCCUCUGCCUCCGUGCACAGGACGUGUGCGCCUGCCCCGACGGCCUCGGUGUCAUCGACGCUUUAUGGUCUCCUCUGGCAAGUCUGGAGAAGGGAGGACAGAGCUCGGAGAUGAGGAAUGGCAUCACCCUGCAUCCUGCUGGUGGUGGGAUGGCCCCAGGCUGGGUGGGGUUUGUGACAGAGAAGGAUCAGCUGCAGGGAUUUUGGCAGCUCGUGGUGAUGAGCUGCUGAGCGGACACAUAACCCUAUGGCUUGUGCCGAGGGUUGUUCACAGCAGUGCCGUGCUGUCACCAAAUAAAGGAUCCAAGGCAAAUCUGGGACCUCAUGUUCGGUCCGUGGGAUGCUGGUGAGCCAUCUGGGCAUCUCCAAAGACUGUCUCAGUAAACCAGCUCCUCAGUUUCCAUCCCUGAGGUGGGAAAGAGCGGCUUGGUCUGUAGGAAUAUAGGUAGGGAGGCAGAUGAAGGACAUGGGCUGGAUGACGUGGGAUUUGCAGUCACUGCUCCCUGGGGAGGGAGGCUGUGGUGAGGAGCCCAUGAGGUCGGGGAAUACAGGAGAGUCCUGGCAGUUUGGUAACUCCCUCCAACACAAAGGGAAACACUCCAGCACGCCCAAGGACACACUGAGCCAGGUUAAGAGCAUCAUUCUGCCCCCAGAAAUCAUUUUAUUGCACCCUGAGCAGCAGCAGGAUUGUGCCUUGGCCCACUGCAAUAUGUGGAGCUGGAGCCAGGCAGGAGCCUGCCCUGCAUGGAUUUUAUGCUUAUUUCUUGGCCUUUAUGCCCCCUUCCCUUUUUCUUCAUCUCCAGCCUGAGGAAUGUCUGGAACAGGCAGCUUUUCUGAAUGUGGGUGUUGUGGCUGUACAGCUCAGGUUGCAGCUGUAUUUCUUCCAUCCCACUCAUUCUCCUGCUGUGUCCAGGAACAGCAGGUAAGCAGGGUGUGUUUCUCCUUCGGGACAAGCCCUUUCCUGGGUGCUGACAGCACAAAGUGCCUCUGGUUCAGACUGGCAAGGCAGCAGGUGCCAGUUCCUGCAAGCCUGAGGGCACUGAGCAGGUUCCUCCUGCACAUCCCUAUGGAGGGAUCCUUUUACCUAUCCCAAAUCUGGGUAGAAUUGCCCCUGGCUGCUGAACUGAGCCUUGCCAAGGGAUCAGAUGAAGGAAAUGUGCCUGGAAUGGGACUUCUCAAGAGGUGCCAGGUCUAAAUAGCUUCGUGCUCCUUUGAACCUCCCCAGAAAGCCGAGGACAGGUGGGUUUGUUGGCACUCAGCAGAGGAGGAGGGUUAGGGGACCCAGCAUUCCUGGGGCCUGGUGCUCCAGCCACCUUUGGCAGACAGGAAGCAAGAAUAGUCUGAUGUUGUUAAAACCUGAGAGGGUGAGUGAGGAUCCUCGGGAUCACCUCCAAGACCUUGGAUCUUUCCCUAUGCUUCCCACUGUGGCAGUCCAGCAGCUCUUCUCCACCUGGGUAAAAACUGGAGGGACAUGGAACAACUGGGGCCUUCUCAGAAUAGGGGCUGGGGUGAACCUGAGCCUGCUCAGCUUAAUUUGGGAUGUGGGCACAGUGAAGUGCAACCUGUGAAGGCUGUGAUUUGGACACUAGAUGGAGACAAGAGGGUUGAGGAUUGACAGAAAAGCAGGAACACUGUUCGCCAGCAGCAGGGGGAUGAGUCGGAUUCAGUGGAGUGAAUCAUCAGCCCACUGGGGUAACUGCCCUGAAAUCUCAGCAGCAGAGAACUGACCCAGUGCAGUACUGGAGAGCUGGAGACCUUGAAAGGUGAAGCCUCCUAAAAUCAAGAGAGAUUUUAUCUGAAAAAUGAGUUGGCAGGGGCUUGUAUGGACAGUUUGCUCCUACUGUUGUGUUCAGGCUCCAGGGAAUGAGCAGGGAAAACUCGGAGCCCAUCUCAUCAGUCACACGCUUUCCUGUCCCUGGUGUCACUGAGGGCUUCCAGGAGGUCAGACCUGGCACUUCCUCGCUAUUUACACCACAAGGGCAAUGUUGGUGAAAUAGAAAUGGGUUUAUAUGGGUUGUUUGCAUUUUGUUCUGUGAUUCUCAUUCUCAUGGGUGCUUUACUGUUGCUCUGUCCUCUUGUUCUGCCAGGGCUGUGCAGCCCAGCACAAGAGCAAAAGCGGCUCCAUUACCUCUGGGCUGCCCUGCCUGCUGGAACUGGUGCUUGUGUGGAAAAAAAAACAUUAAAUCUAUAUCAAAUGAGGCAGGGAGAAUGUUCAUUUUUUUCCUAGCUCCAGAUCCACCCUGUCCAGUGUCACUGAUGCUCACUUGGCUCAGGCAAGAGUUGUUGAUACAGAGGCCUGAAUCAAGCUAGGACUCCUGCCUGCUGCUGCUCUCAUUUCUCUAUCUGCUCAGCACUGCUAUAAAUCUCACUUUCAGCUUUUCACUCAA